AUGACUCAGAGGGGGCGGCGUCUGCCUUCCAAGGAGUGGCUUCAGUCUAAGAGUUCAUACAGUGUCACAGAAGCUCAUAACUCACACCGACCCACGACACAGAGACGGACAGGAAGUCGAGCUGUGAUGGCGACUUACACUGUAGAAAAACAACACGUGACUUUGACUGAAUUACAGAAGCAAACAUACAACCAAUAUUUGGAGAAGCUUUCAUCAGAACACAGAUAUAACAUUCCAGCUUAUCCCAGACCAGAGCUCCAUGUGACUCAUGUGAGCCACAGCACUGAUCUGAACGGUCUGCAGGGCAUCAGGGCUGAUGGAGGAUUCAGAGAUCCAUACAACAGAGAACAAAAGGAUUUUCUUGUGGCGUGGUUCAGUCUGACUGUGACUCCUGAAGAUCUGAGCGACGCAGAGACCAGGGACAUAAAGAUAGUCCAACCAAGCGGAGGAGAGGAGGGAGCGGGUGGCGCUACGAGGCCUGGGGCAGGCCUCUUAGCCCCAUUUGCAUCGUCUCCGGCCUUCUUGUCCAGCUCCAGGUAUGGCUCGUAUCGUUUGACUUUUGACCUGAUGGACGUCCUGGACCGGUACAGCGAGCAGUUCUGUGGUGGGUGGCGUCCUGUCAUGAGAACGUGGAAAACCGAGCUGUACAGACAGGAAGUGUUGUAUGCAGUACUAGUCCACAGCCCGCACCAUAACAACAGGUUCUCGCACUUCCCUCUGCUGGAGGAGACCCCACACAGCAUCUGUGCGUUCAGAGAUGAGCUCAUCCCAUACUUCCUCUGGAGACCUCAGGCCAUGAGUGAGACACACAGGUUUGAGCUGUUGGAUUCUGGGGACACUGUGUCUGUUCCUGACGAGUUUUUCGUGUGGGACCAUGUGGCUCUGGCUCUGGUGGUGGAUGAUCAGGUGCUGCAUUUCACUGAAAAGAAGCUGCGGACGAGCCUGAGAUUCUGUGAGGAGGAUUACCCAAAAGUCAACCAAAACAUAAUGUUUGAGUCACAUGACGACGCCAACAGAGCUGUGCAGGACCUGUGGCCAGGUUCAGGAGACCUGGAGAAGUUUGACGAGUCUCCUCUGCAUAUUUCCACAUCCUAAAUAAUCUUUCAACACAUUUAAAACAUUUGUAUUAGUUUGGAUUUUUGUGCAACUUUUUCAUGAAUGAAUUAUAACUGAUAGCACGUUCUGUGCAGACGUCUUAGUAAUGAAGUAGGACCUAAGUGUCUGUGGACACUAGUUUGUCCUCACACUUAAAUUUCAUAGAAUAACAUGGGGCAUUUUUAUUGACUUCUAAACAUCAUUAUGGGUCCUUGUUCUACAGAAGUAAAAGAAAAAUGACUGGUGGACACUGCCUUAUGUCUCUUUGAGGGGAGUUAGCUCGUCCCUUCAGAGGCUUGAAUGAUCAGCCAAACGUCUUCACUCUAAAACUGUUUGUCCAGUGGCAGAUUUUUUUUUUUUCUUUUACUAUGGCUCAUACCUGGACGACUGAGGGAUUACACAGACUAAUGUUAUGGAAAUCUUUACUUACAGUGUUUUACCUCAUUUGUACUUUGUCUUAUAGACUGGGGGCUGAAUUGCAGGAGUCGUAAUCCCAGUCUCUUAGCUUUCUUAGUUCAAGAAUAUUUUUUCCAG